CUCAGUCAGAGCCCAGGCACCGCUGGGAGCAGACCUGCCCGAGGGAGCUCGUGACUGGGAAGCCACUGGGGCCCAGAGCAGUUGCCUGGACUGGCCGGAGCUUCCCCUCACUCGCUACCGGGAGGACCCGCCAGAGCUUCCCCGUGCCACCUACGACGAGGAGCCACCGGAGACUUCCCCUCUCCACUGUUGUUACCCCGAGGAACCCCCGGAGCAGCACUGGCCGGACUUCCCCGAGGAACUGCUGGAUCUACCCCCCACCCGGGCUGCGAGGAGCCCAUGCUGUGGGACUUCCCAGGAGUGGACGCCGCAGACCAGGGGUACCCAGGGUUGUGAGGCACCUCACCAUCUGUGCAGAGCAUGAAGCAGUCUUGUCUCUGCCUGCUGUGGAUAAGCUUCCUGAAACCAAGAGCCUCUGACUGCACAAGCACUACCUUCCAGACCUCCGCAGGAUCCCCUCUCUCUUUGUACAGUCAGGUUAGAGAACAAAAGAGGAAUUCCUGCUGCAUCUAAUCAAAGAGCUGAGGCUUCCAGCAGAGAGAACCCAACCAGGAGCAGGAAUUGAUCACAGAACUGAGCAGCAGAGAAAUCCAUCCAGAGGCUGAUAUGAUGAUGGCCCUGAAAGCUAAGCUCCUGUUUAGCUUCCUCUGCCACAUGGCCUGUACCCUUGUGUAUGGCUACCCCACUGAUCCUGGGACUGAGUUCCGCUCUGCUUUCUCUGUGGCUAGAACCAGCAGCAUGGAAGGGAGCAUUGAGAUGGUCAUCACCUUUGACAAGGUCUAUGUGAACAUUGGCAGUGACUUUGAUCCCAAGGCUGGGUUGUUUAGGUGUCGGAUCCCUGGGGCCUAUUACUUCUCCUUCACAGUUGGGAAAUACCCCAAGAAAAACUUGUCUGUCAUGCUGAUGAGAAACAAGAAUGAGGUGCAAGUGAUUGUGUAUGAUGAGCAUCACCGUAAGGAGCGGAAGGUGGCUAGCCAGAGUGCCAUGCUGCAGCUGGACUAUGGAGAUACAGUCUGGCUGCGUUUACAUGGGGACCCCAAGUAUGCCCUCUACAGCAAUGCGGGCCCAUACACAACUUUCAAUGGGUAUCUUAUCUAUCCAGAUACUUCUGCCUACUUCCAAAAUGGAGUGGUCUCUCAAGAGCUGGGGGGAGCUGCAGGGCUGCCCCAUCCAGCUAUUCAUCAGCUUUCAGGAGAGCAGAAUGAAGCCUCAGAGGGACACAUGUUGUCCGAUCAGCCCGCUAGAGAACGAGAUCCUCGCUCUGCAUUUUCUGUUGCUCGCUCACAAAGCCUCCUGGGAACAGAUGAGAAACAAACCCAGCAUGAGCCAAUCACAUUUGACAUAGAGUUUGUGAACAUUGGAAGGGAUUUCAAUUCCUCAAGUGGCAUCUUCUUGUGCCGCGUGCCAGGCGCAUAUUACUUCUCCUUCACCAUUGGCAAAAUGCCUUUUAAGACCAUGUCAGUGAAACUUAUGAAAAACCACAAUGAGGUUCAGGCCAUGAUCUAUGAUGACAACCACUCCAAGAGGCGAGAGAUGCAAAGCCAGAGCAUUAUGUUACCUCUGCACUACGGAGACACUGUCUGGCUCUACAGCCACCAGCAUGAUGGCUACGGUGCCUACAGCAACCAUGGCAAGUACAUCACCUUCACAGGGUUCCUUAUCUAUCCAGAGGCUCAGCCAAAGCCACCCCCAAGUCCCAGUUCCCCCACGAGGUCAAAAAUCUAAAUGCAGGUGUGAAAGGAACAUAAGAGAAGCCAAGAUGCAGUGGACUUGGGUGCAAGUCCUGGCUGGACGUCACCCUCUACAUGACAAUGUUAAAGAGCAUGCUAAUGUGUGUCCAGUGCUAUCCUUAUGCUGCACGCUCAUAUCCUGGCUGCAGGGCCAUUGCUGUUUCUGUUUUUUAUCUGUAGAAUGAUCUUUGCAGGGGGUAGUGUGUGUCCAGUGUUACCGUUCAAUUUAAGCAUAAAGCAUGAGGUAGUUUGGUGGCAGGGGUAGUGAAAUGAGCUGUUGUGAUUCAGGGAGCUACUGCAGAAAUGCUGGGAGACCUACUGAAGACAACCCCGCCAGAAGGCACAGCAUCUGGUAACAUUCCUUGCACAUCCAAGGGAGGCCUGCGGGAGAGAAAAUGUAAUUGAAAUGAAUUUAAUAAAAGUAAAAAAAUAAAAUGUGCAGGGUUUGCGGAAACAUACAUUUUUUGUUUAGAUGCUGGACUUGUGUGUAUAGAACUGCCUGCGACACUGAUUCUGGGCAGGAGAGAGGCUCUGAUAUUGUGUGAACUAUUGCAUGUGUUUGUGUUGUGAAGACUGUUAAGCAGAGUUAGAUUGUAUGUCACUGUGCCAGAGUGUAUGUAUUUUGUGGGAGGUCAGGGAAUUGCGGGAGGAGGUAUCCAGUGUUGCCAAUUCUUAUGAUUUUAUUGCAAAUCUCAUGAUACAGUGUCUGAUGUUUUGCUUAAAGCUUCAGCUGCUGAAAUCCACAGAUUGUGUCUGUCUGUCUGUGAAUCCCAGUUUUCAUAACAAAACUCUCCACUAAGUUUCUAGCUCUUGUGGUUAUGGAGAAAAGUUUGAAAACAUGAAUCAAGCAUACCCUAAGGCUCCUAAACAAGAAGGCAAAUAAAAA